AUAGCAAAUCCCAGGUUCAGUUUGAGUUUUAAGCCACAUACAUCUCUUUGGUUGCAGGGCUCCCCGUGCUUUUGCAAGCUGCGGUAAACGCAAUACAGGAACGUGACGGGAUUCAAAAAUGAACGUUUCAAACAGGCAAACACACCAUUCUUCUUUGUGGCCUCUCCAGUUGAGAGAAAUUUACGUUUCAUUACGGCAACAGUAUGUCCAAAUUUUCAACUACCAGUUGAUUUGUAUAGAUCUAGACUGUCCUAGAACUCAUGGCCGAAAGGGCCAUCCUUGGAAUAAUCUGACUUCUCGUCAGCUAUCAAUCAAUCUAAUCCAAGGGCCUUUGCUCUGACCAUGACUAAUGCCAUCACUUUUUGAUGCCGCUCGCUGCGCACCUGCCAUG